UGUCACGUGACCGUGAGUUCCGCGAACAUGGCGGCCGGCGGCGAAACUUCAGAGAGCUCCGUGAGGAAAAGACGCGUGGACACUAAGAAGACAGAGACGCACUCCGCUCCCGGAGGGACAGACAAUGGAGCGAACACCGGCAGAGACACAGAGAAAGGGAAACGACUUCGGUCGCUGCAGCCUGGGACUUACUGGCUCACUCGCGUCGUGCUGCUGCGCGCCGUCGCCUUCAUUUACUUUGUGGCCUUCAGCGUUGCCUACAACCAGAACAAACAGCUGAUAGGCGAGCGCGGCCUGAUGCCCUGCAAGAACUACCUCAACAGCGUGAAACGCUACGUGGGAGGCAAGAUAGGCCUGGCCGCCUUGGCGUACACCCCCUCCGUCCUCUGGUUCUUGGACUGGAGCGACAUGGACGCCAACCUGGACGGCGUCGCCCUGGCGGGGAUGGCGCUCUCCGGCUUCGUCCUGGUGACGGGAAUGGCCAACAUGUUGAUCAUGGUGUCGCUGUGGGUGCUUUACCACUCCCUGGUCAGCGUGGGACAGCUGUGGUACUCCUUCGGAUGGGAGAGCCAGCUGUUGGAGACGGGAUUUCUGGCGAUCUUCUUGUGUCCAGUGUGGACUCUGUCCCAGGUCCCCCGCCGCUGUCCCCCCUCCCUCAUCACUAUCUGGGCCUUCAGAUGGCUCAUAGUUCGCAUCAUGCUGGGAGCUGGUCUUAUUAAAAUCAGAGGAGACAAAUGCUGGAGGGACCUCACCUGCAUGGACUACCACUACGAGACCCAGCCAGUUCCCAACCCCAUGUCGUACUACAUGCAUCGCUCUCCUUGGUGGUUCCAUCGUUUCGAGACGCUGUCCAACCACUUCAUCGAGCUCAUCGUUCCACUCUUCACCUUCCUGGGCAGGCGGAUGUGCAUGGUGAACGGGGCACUGCAGAUCCUUUUCCAGGUGGUUUUGAUAGUGAGCGGGAAUCUCAGUUUUUUGAACUGGCUGACGAUUGUUCCCAGUUUGGCCUGUUUUGACGAUGUAUCGCUGGGAUUCUGGUUUCGCUCUGGGGCUGGAGCCAAGAAGGCGGUGCUGGAGAUACAGAAUGAGGAUGCAGCCGGACGCACCCUAAAACCUACGAAAGGGAUGUUUGUGCGCCGGGUGGUGAACAUUUCUUUGGGCAUCCUGAUCGGCUACCUCAGCGUCCCCGUGGUGUUGAACCUGCUGAGCUCCAGACAAGUGAUGAACACCUCCUUCGACCCUCUGCGCAUCGUCAACACCUACGGGGCCUUCGGCAGCAUCACCAAGGAGCGUACCGAGGUGAUUUUCCAGGGCACUCUGAGCCCAGAUCCCAAGGACCCCGCGGCGGUUUGGGAGGAGUACCAGUUCCUGUGUAAGCCAGGGGAUGUUUCCAGACGGCCGUGCCUCAUAUCACCGUAUCACUACCGGCUGGACUGGCUCAUGUGGUUUGCUGCCUUCCAGACCUACGAGCAGAGCGAGUGGGUGAUCCACAUAGCAGGACGUCUGCUGUCCAACGACAGCACGGUCCUCUCACUGAUGGACCACAACCCCUUCCAGGGCAGAGACCCACCCAGGUGGGUUCGAGGAGAACAUUUCAUAUACAAGUUCACCCAGCCGGGCAGUUCCAGCGCAGCACAGGGCAAGUGGUGGGUGAGAAAACGCAUCGGAGCUUACUUCCCGCCCGUGGACUUGGAAGGACUCAGGGGCUACUUCCAGUCCAGGAACUGGCCCCAUCCACAUAUUCCCCGAAACAGGAACUAAAGCCGGGGCCUCGGACAACAGGAAGGGCUCCACAUUAAGGACAAGUUCUGGAGACCAAGUGGAAGAGAGACUGACUCUUCCCACUACCACCAGACAAGUCAAAGGUCAUACAAAACAUAUUCCACAUGCUCCUCAGGUCUGUAUACGUUUGGGAGUUGUUUUGUUUUGCUUGUAACCUCAAAUGUCAUUUCAUUUUAAAUUGAUUCUUGAUGUAAUAAAAAAACAAACAAGAAAAUCUUAAAAA